GCGCGCCUGGAACCCCGCCCUGUCGCUUCGGACGAAAGCUUGUCCCGUCGAGGACUCUCGUUCGAGUUUCGACGAGUAGUCACGCUUUAACUCGCGAUCCGCGAGGCGGAUGCUACCCCGGAACGCGAGUCGCAGGUGCAGGUGUGACCGAUGUAACACGAGCAUUAAAAUCCACUCCGAUCCUAGCUCCUGCACCCUGUGCCGGAUAUCCGUCGCGUGACCCUGCCGAAGACGUGGUUUCGAAACCGGUGACGAGGGAGCCAGGAGGCAGGUGCAGGUGUCAGGGUGUCGUCGUCGUUAGGUGUCUUUGUGUUUCAUCUUGCUUUUUCCUGGCAUUCGUCUUGCCACGUUUCGAUACGCGAUUCAUCCGAUUGGUUAGAUAGUCGACCCCUUUGGACACUUGUGGAUCGAAGCUCGCGUAGGAGUAACAUGGUGAUAGGUGUAUUUUGACCACGGUGGUAGGUGGAACGUGUCGAGGAUUUCUCGAUCAGAAAAGAUAUCGCUAUUUUGGAUACACGCCUUCGCUUGUUCGGAUUGACUUAGGUAAACAACGGUGUGACACCGAUCAACUCGGAGAUUUCUAGGUCAACAAGCAGCGGCCAGAGGCAACCAGUUGCGGGUGUAUCGUUCUUGUAACCCAAGCCAGCGGGAAACUGUGAGCUCUUUGUCGCGUGAAAGAAAAGAGAGGAGUUCGUCGAUCAUUGGCGAUAAUCUAAUAGAGGUUAAUAAGAGUCUCGGAUAUUCUGAAGGAUUUAUACGAGAAGAGUCGAGAGGAAAGAGCGAAAGAAACAACUAGAAGAAGAUCUAGUCUUUCGUUAGAAAGAUCGCGAUUUAAUUACGGUUACGGUUAUUGAUGCGAAGGAACAGAAGCAAGAAAAUUUCGAUCAAUUCUGGAUAACCGACUCGACGUUCCGAGCGGGUCUCCUGUUGAUUAUACGCGCUAAUGGAUAGUAAUCGAUCUAUCAUCGAAUUUCGUUAGUUGGAUAGAUGUUGUCGAGAUUGUUAUGUCUGUUCUCUCGAUUUACUGAAUAAGACGAAGAAACGAACGAAGGUGAAAAACGGAACAAAGAAAGAAACGUACUAUCAAAGAGGGAACUGAAAUUAAUUGAAUUACAGGAAUGAUUAGUUAACCGAAUUAUAUCGUAUUUCUAUAUAUUCUUAUCGAUAUUUGUUAAUCGAAGAGAACGGUGAAUUAAUAUUAAGGCCUAACUAAAGAUUUAAGUUUGAUAACGAUCCUCUCAAGUGUCGUCGAUUACGAGAUAGAGAUUCGUUGAGAAGAAGGUGGUUCGUAGAUGUACUUAGCGUAAAGAUAACAGCCUUGAAACUUUUCCACGCGGAUCGGAAGACCAAGCCGAGCGAGCUAGGCAAGAUGCUCUAUGCCCGACAGCGUGACUACAGCUAAAAGGUCGUGAUCGAUCGACUUCGAUGGCCUAAAAGAACUUUAAACGUGCAAGGUCAUUAUGCAUAGCGAUAAAACGGGAACGUUAUAAGGCACAGACAAAUUGGUCGGUUCGUUUGACUGCUAAAACCGGCACUGGUCGUGUCACUUGAAAUAACGAACAGCAAACAAACUUUCAAAUCCAUUCCACGAUCUCUGAAAGAGAAUUUAUUAGACAGGACACUGCACUUGUAACAGAUCAGAUGAUGCGAUAACAAAAUAUUCGACGAUUUGCACAAUGUCGUGUCAAGGAUAUUCGAAUGAUCAGGAAUCUAUUGGCAUUGGCGAAAUGUGUCGCGUUGAUAGCGAGAUCUCCUUCGAGUUUUCACACAAUUUCCAUGAGACUUCAAAGGCACCGUCGUGUUUGGCGAAGCAACGAUAACGGAGGACCGUUUUGCCGAGGUCCAGGUCUAUUUCAUUUCGAAAGCCUAAAACAACUCAUCGGACUGAUACGAUCAACGAAAAACCGUAGAAACGUAUCGUUCACUUCCAAAUGGUUCUAAGUAGUGUGCAUUUUAAAACCAUAUCCGCUCAACGAAAAGUGGAGGUCCUUCUCCUAUUAAAAAAGAGCAUUUUUAAUACGUUCAGCUCACCGAAAAACACCGCAAAACUCCGUGUUCAUCGAAUGACGUAGCUCGCUAAAUGAGAUUAUCGAAGCAAACUGUGACCCGAUCGAACGGUCCAAACAUCUGCUACUUGCUCUUCAUGCGAGAGGUGGCUCGAAUUGCGGCCUCGCGAUCGAGCCUACCCCUGACCCCUCUGUAGCUAAGAGACAAAAGCUGCCGUGGCCGAUGCUCGAUGAGUCCUAGUGAAGAUAAAGAUCCUCGAGAACCCUCGAUCGUUUCCCUGGAACGGCUGAAGAAGCUCCGGUUGGCACCUAUUUGAGAGCGGUCGGGUGAUGCGCGGGAGCAGCUCUGAGCUCCUGCUGGAGGCGAGCUGCGUCCAGUGUCAGAGCGAUCAUCACGCCGACCAGCACACCAGCACCAGGCAUCACCAGCAACAUCAGGUGAACGAGAAACACGACUUCCAGGAGCAGGAGCUACGUCGUCGCAAGCUGUUGGAGCUCGGGUUCGGCGCUUCGCGGCGCCGACCGCCACGGCGUACCUGCCGUCAGCGGUUCAAUUUUUACGCAACGUCGGCGUUGGCCUUCGUCGCGACAUCCGGUGGCGCGGCCUUGCUAUUCUUGGUGCCACUUUACGUCGAUCCGGCGAUCAGCACUCUGGCCGCCGAUUUCUCGCCGGACCCGGUCAUCUGCACCACCUCCAGACGGGAGGAGUUGGCCGGAUUGUUCAAUUGUACUUGGAGUUCUUGCCGCGAGGGUUGUACAAGCGACGUUUAUAGAUGUACGCAUAUAUACGUCACCUACACGCCAUGGAGCAACGCGAGCAUGAAAAACGACACCGGGGGUAGAGGCAACUCGACCGGCAUCGCGCACACCUCGACUACUUCCGUGCCGACUCCCGGCGAUGUGGAGGCGGUGCUCCUGGUGAACAUCAAAGGGUGCGGCUAUCCGCCGAUCGUCGACUGCGAGAACUUCACCCGCGAAAUGGGCUACGAAGGCGCGAAAUUCCCCUGCCAUUACAGCCGUGUGAACGGCAGCAUAGUGAUGGCGAACUAUAACCGCGAGGCUCAGGUCACCACCAUCAUACACUUCUUCGCGGCGCCUUUCGUAGUGACUCUCGCGACCAGCGUCGCUCUGUGUGUGAUGCACUGUGACUGCAGGUGCAGCCCACCCCCACGCCAUUCAUCGCGAGGAAUCAGAAGAGGCAGGGGCAACGAUCUCAGCGACCACUCGAUAAGCAAUCGCGUGGAUCGACGGGGUCACCCAACGCACUGCGAGUGCGGCGAAGUGACCAGGCCCUUAUGACGACGUGAGGAAACGGCCGAGAGUGCCCUGGCCACGUCGCAAUCUGACUUUUAGGCCUUGUCCCACUCACUUCCACACGUCCCGCCCUCGGCCGUUUCAACUCUCUCGAAAAUCCUCCCUUUCCAUCUAUCCAACUCAUCACUCCUUGUACGUAACACACCUGAUCCUAUCCUUCCACUAGCAUCCCACAUAACCUAUAUAUACACGUAUACAUGUACAAAACGACACUGUGCAAGCACCGUGUAAGGAGCGGAGCGAGCCAACAGGUAUAGAAAGAGAAAAAGGAAACGAUCUUUCGAAGGUGGAUGAGGAAUUUUUAUUUUUAGUAUUUUUAGUAUAGAGGGUUAAUUUGUGCUAGAGCACACGAUUCUGAAAUAAUAAUUCGAGGUGAUGGUGAUGAUAAUUAAAUAUAAAUUGAACUGAAGGAAGAGAAAUUUUGUAAAAUGUGCACUCGAUGAAGAUUAAUUUUUAAUUCUUUACCUUUGGUUUUCUUUGUUUGAUUUACCUUUGUGUGAAUAGUUUCUAUGCGGAUUUAAUUUAUUGUUUAUUAUUUUGAAAAUUAUUAGACUUCAAUUUUCUUUUUAAUUUUAGAAGUAGUUUUAGGAAGUAUGUCGUUAAUAAUAAUAGGAGUAUUUGUAAGUAAAAAAUGGAAUUUGAUUUUGCGAGAAUGAUAAUUAUUAAAGAUAGAAUAGAGUUCGUCAGUCUUAUCUCAGGAACAAUAUAAAAUAGCUUGAAGGAGUCCUAAAGUGUCUUACUUAAUUUUUACUAAAGGAGAAAUGUUCCUCCUUCACUUCGGAUUUGAACUCAAAAGAAGGAUUGUAUACUGUUCAAAUGGAAUGAAAGAGAAUCGUGGAAUGGUUUUUAGAUACAUUAGUAAUUAAAUAAAGUUCAAAUAGAUUUAUAGUAUAAAUAAAUUAUUGAAUUCUUGUUUGUAAUUUUUCAAUAAUUUACAACAAUUAACAAUUGAAAAGAAAAAAUUAUAUAAUAGAAAAUUUAUCCGCUAUAUAGAAUGCCUUCUACAGAUUUCUUGUUAUUAUUUUAUCUCUAUUUUUAGAUAUGAUAUAUUAGAAUAUAUAUCGAUGUCCAAUCUUCCUUCAAUUUCUCCCUCUAAUGCAGAACUAAAAAAGACAAUAAAGGAAACGUACAGAAAUUUCUGCAUCACUUCAAUAAGUAUUAAAUCAAAACUCGAGAAUAUUGAAUAAUCUAGGAUAAAAAAAUAAAUUUCCAUUUUAGAUAGUUUUCAUUAAAAAAAUAGUUAUUUCGAGUGCCAUUUUACAAAUAUAAUUUGUCGUAUCUUUUGUCGUAUAAAAUUGUAGCGUUGUUGGAAAAUGGAAUAUAAUUUUUUAUUAUUAAUUUUAAUAUUUUAUUAUUUUUUUAUUACUUAAUUAAUAUUUAUUAUUUCAAUUUUUUUGAAUUUCAAUAUAGUAAAACAAUCGAUUAGUAACAUAUUAAUUUAACGUUCAUUAAACGAUCAUGCAAUUAUUUUAUACGUUUAAUCGUACGAAAUGAAAAUUUUUGUUAAUUACCAAAUGAAAUUCAAUACAUGUAUAGUACAUGUGAUGCAUAACAAUGGAUAUGUUUAUCGAAUGAAUGCAACAACAAUGAUGUUAAUAUCUAUUAUUGAUUUUGGAUUUUUCCAGUUAAAAAUUACAUCUUUCUGUAAGUAAUACAGAGAUAUGUGUUUCGAUAAAGAAAGAAUAAUAAACAAUGUAGAUAACGUUUUAUCGAGAAAGGAAAAAUAUUGAAAACAUCGAUGGAUCGUUUCCUCGUAAAGAAAAAAAGAGAAUAAAAUCGACAAAGAUAAAUUAUCCUGAAACUAUUAAGUUAGAAGUUAGAUAAUGUAAAAUGGCGAUAGUUAAAAUGCAUAACUGCCCGGAUAGUCGGACGAAAGAAUAACGAUCAAAAAGUUGAUUGAAAAUUAUCAUAAGAUUUAUUUUUUAUUAGAUCGGGAGAGGCUAUUACCGAGCUACGGUCGAUGUAACUUAAAGGACCAUUUUUAAGAAAGCUAAGAAACUUUUAUCUUUCGCAAAACUUUGUUUUUAAGUCUAUUUUAAAUUUAUAUGAAAUUUUGGAAUUAUGUGAAAUUUCAUCAGAAUAGGAAUCAGAAUUGUGCAUUUGAAAUUUAAAAAUAUAAGUAAACAUAAUUUUAUGUAAUUAUAAAAUUAAAUUCAUUAUUUAAUCUGUUGAUUUUUAAAUUUUAUAUUUUCAUUAAAAGCUUUUCUAUGUAAAAAAUUUGCAUAAGAAAUUCUAAUUGAAAUUUAAUGGAAAAUAUAAUUUUAAUUAAAAGUGCACGUUUCAUUGAAACAAUAAAAAGAAAUGGAAAAGAAAAAUGAUUUGAAGUUAGAAAUUACAUAACAAAUUAUAAAUAUACGAAAUUUAUGAUUAUUUGAAAGAUUCACUAUUUAUGCAACAAAUCUAAUAAUUUGCUUAGGAAAAAGAGAGUAUUACUUGUUUUAAAAAAAUACCUUGAAAUUGCGAACUUACAAGAUAACUUCCGUAAUUUAAUAACUUCGAGUUUCUUGAAACUUUCGAGGAAACGUCGAUAAAAGUAUCAAGGAGUCUUAUCUUAUAUGAGAAAGCAAAAAAAUACACAUUAUCUAUUAACGUUAUCAAAAAAAAAAGAAGGAAGAAAAUAAUUCUUUCAUUCUUUUACAAAGUUUUAUAUCUAGAAAAGAAAAAGAAAAGAAAUUGUUUCACACUUUUAAAUUUAACCAAAUUUUUGAAUUAUAAAUUUUUAAAAUUCUUUUUUAAAAAUAUUGUACUUCCGGUUAUCAUAUAUUAUAAUUCACGCGAUCAUGCAUGCAACUACACAAAAUGUUGCAAAAACAAAAAAAAAAGAAAUGUGCAUCUCAACCUUUUAAGGAUUAUGAUCAUUUGCAUAUUACGAGACUCUCGCCUAUUCGCGUGUGGACUUCUGCCAGAAGCAAGAGAAAUCGGGGAAGUUUGCGGUUCCGGUAGAAAUUGUCGAUACCGCAACUCUCGAUAGAGAGGAAGAAAAAAAGAGAUCGUAGUUUCGUUAUUCAUGGCAAUAUCGAUGAUGGACAGAUGAAUCCGAAUGCAUUUUAAUAGCAGUAAAACGUUUCAUCGUAAUGCGCCAAUUAUAUUAUCAUUUAUAAUAUUGUUCAAUUUCAUUUAUUAUUUUGAAUCCGAAAAUUCGAAAUUCAAAAGGUGAAUGAACAUAAUCGAGUAAUCGAAGAGAUUAUGGAUGAAUAUAUGUUAAUGAUACGUGCACAUAUAAGAAUUGAGCAUAAAGAUGAAAUUAAAUUUAAAAUAUUUAAAGAAAAUUAAAAUAAUACUUGUAAAAAAUUAAAAAAAAAAGUUCUAAUUUAAAUUUUUCAAUUUAUCUAUUUAUUUAUCUAUCGUGUAACUUCAUUUAUUAUCUUUUUCUCCCUCAUUUGUGUCGUCUUUUAUUCCAUUUUUAAACUUUAUAAUUCCUUCAUUUUCUCCCAUCUUUAUCGAAGAUCUUGGCAAUCAGGAAAGUGAUUUCCUGAAUUAUUUCGAAUGAAUAGAAUGAAUAGAAUAAAGCCAAAAAAAAAAAAAAAAAAUAUAUAAAAGAGCAGAAAACGUUCGAGAUAUCAACGAUAAUGAAUAUCGUGUCAAGAUAUCGUUAAAGAGACUUAUGACAGAAUUUUUUUAAAAAAUAUAUUUUUUUUUUUUUAGAUUGCAAGUUUUUCUCGUGCCCGAUUCAAGUGUGAUUUUGAAUAUAUCGUAAUAAUAAGUAAUAAUAAUGAUCAUAAAUUUAUAAAUCUAACAAUAUUGUACAAUAUUCCUAUAUUUCCUACAUUCUUAACAUGUUUUAAAAAUGAAAAAUAAUAUACACAUACAUAUUCAUAGAAUUAAAAUUUAACUAACUGGUAAACAGGAAAGGAAAUUCUUUUUGAGAACAAAAGAUAAGUUGGACGCGCGAAAUGAAAUUUAUUCAUGCGAGACAUUAUUUUUAACAUGUUAACAUAACACGUUCCUGUUCUUGUGCAUCAUUAGUGCCUUAACACGUACCAUUUGUACAAUAUGAAUUAUAUUUCUUUCUUUUCUUGUACAAAGAUUUAUGAAAAAUAUUAAUAUUUAGAAAUUUACUUAAAAAAUCCUUUCUAUUAAAUUUUUAAAAAUUUUCUAAUAUAUUUUAAAUGUUAAAAAUAUUCCUUUGAAAUAUUAAAAAUUCUUCAAUCCAGACCAACUUACGUAUUCAUUUGUUUCCACGACACAAAUUUUUUCACGAAUUCUCGACCAUCUCCACGCCUCGUUUCCCGAAUAUGUAAAUGAAUAGUUUUUUGUGGACAAAAAUUUCCGCACACGUCCAUUGGACGCGCGUGAAUUAAUGCGCGGACGCGUUCAGAAAAUAGCUACGCAGCCGUUCUCGGAUUUUCGUUUUAAACCGCGCACAUAUUAUCGUUGACGCAAAGUCGAAAUUUAAACAGUGGCGUGUCUCGUGUUAAGCGAAGCGCUCUUUCCUCUUCAAGUUUCAAGUUUAAACGGAGCGUGACAAAUUGUUCGUUACGAUAGCAUUUCGAAUUUUGGAUAUCGAAAACUUCAUUAAUCCGCUGAAGGUACACAAAGAUGAAAAUAAAUUAUUAUUUAUUGAAUUUUUAUCCAUAAAUCAUUUGCACAAUCCUGACUCUGAUAAAACGAAUGGCCUGGAAAUUUCACAUAAAUGAAAAAGAUUUUAAAAUGAUAUUUUAAAUUUAUUUUUGUUUUUUAAAUUCGUCAUCGAUUAGUUAAUCUUUUAUAGUCAAGUAUAUUUUUCAUAUGUUCCGCGAAAAAUUUUAGUCAUUCAAAUUCAAUUAAAGUUCUCAAAGAAUUUUAUGAAAAUUCUUAUUGAAGUUCAUAUUGUAUAAUAUAUAAUUAUUCCGAUUAAUGUUUAGAAAAUUUAUCAGCAAAAAUAAAAAUAGAUAUUGGAUUUCUUUUGAAGGGAUUCGAAAAUAAAAUUUUGGCCAUAGGAUCAAGGUAUCAAAAAAUGGGAUAAAAGUUAAUCGAUCGUUGCUAAUAUAGGCUUGACCGAUAGCCAAUUUAUUUUUUUGCUAACGGGAGAUCAUUAUUCCGGGGAAAUACAAAAAUGUAAAAAUGAAGGGAAUUAAAGGCAAUAAUGAAUAUUAAAAAGACCUCAUAUUAUCAUUCUCGAUAUUUUUUGAGUAUCGAAAUUCGACAAUGGAUGAAAUGAAUAUUAAAAAAAAGAAGGAAUGAAAAAGGAAAAUGGUUUCAUUCAUUUCUUCUUUAAGAUAUUUAAAUUCGUUUACUAAAAAUGAUUUUUCAAUAAGAGAAUCGAAUUCGAAUUGAGUUUUUUUUUAAAGUCCAAUAGAAAUUAAUUAAUGAUUUGAAGUAAUUGAUUAUUGCAUUUUAUAUUUUAUUUAUAUUUAAAGCAAACAUAGGAAAGAAAUAAUUUCGCAAUUACAUUUAUGGUUAUAACAAUAAAUCAAUAAAUAUUAUAUAACAUGUUAUUUAAUAUGAAAUUUAAGGAAUUGAAUAUAUCGUACAAUCAUAAUUUAUAAUGGCUUGAUAUUGUUAAAUUGAAAUAUAUCCAAUGUGAUACAAUAUAAAAUGUUUGAUAAAAAUCGAAGUGUCCAUGAUAUUAUUCAAGAACAAUUAAUCAAGAAAAUUUACCUAUACAGAUUUAUUUAAUAUUUAUUUAACUUCCUUUUAAUAUAAAAUUACUGAUUUCAAUUUAUAAUUAUAAAGAAAUCAGAAAUUUACAAACGAAAUAAAUUCUGAAAUAUAACAAUUAAAUCUUUAAAAAAUGUUGCUAUUACAUUCACAGCGAGAUUUACGAAUAAAAAAGAGGAACAAAAAGAUAAUUUCAUCCGACGAUCAUUAUCUUGAGUAUGCCAUUACGAGGUAUGCAGUCGCGUGUAAAGUUUGCUGGUCGACUAGCAGGAUGUAAUUGUUACUAUUACCGCCAUUAUGUAACAUUAACGAAUUAUCCUUAACACGCGACAAUAUAUUAAAUUGGGGCGAUCGUUUCGCCAAAUCUUAGUGGAAUUGGUGUGACUCUAUAUAUACAAAGGAAGGAUAUCGAUUAAUCGGAAAGAUUUAUAAGGAUUUCGAGUAUGAGUUAUGUUACAAUUCAGAUAAAAUAUUUCAUUUUUACUUCAACAAAUUUUUAGGAAUUUGUAAUCGUAAUUAGAAAACAUUUAUAUGUAAUUUUUGUUAUGGAAAAUUAUUUAAAUUUAUUGUAUAUAAAUGAUGGAAAGCAUUUUUUAUCAUUCGUGACAAAAAUGCGAAAAAUUGUGACGAUAAAGAGAUAGUUUUUUAUUUUUUAAAUAUAUAUAUAUAUAUUUGUUUAUAUAAAUAUAUAUAUAUAUAUAUAUUUAUAUUAACAAUUAUUUAAUAAUCUUUGUUGAACAUAUCAACGAAAGUAGUAAUAUUUGUAAUUUAUUAAUUAUUAAUAUGAAAUUUUUGCCGAUGUAAUAGAAAUGAAUGUAAUGAAAUAAAAAAAAGGCUUAAUACUUAUUGAAUUAAAGAAGGUAUCAUAUAUAGCAAUACCAAAAAAUAGAAAAUUAAGUAAAUGUCCAGAAUACAAUUCCAAAUACCGAAGAAGUUUAUUUUAAUGAGAAUCAGAAGCAGGCACGUAAUAUCUUUUAUGAUAUUAGAAAGUAAUAAUGAAAAAGAAACUAUUAUUGUGCCUAUAAAAAAUAAAAUAUUAACGAUUUUUUAAAUUCUCACAAAAUGAUCUAUUUUUUUGUUUGAUAAACGAUUUAAAAUUUCAAUUUUAUUUCUUUAGAAAAAAAAUUCUCUUGUAUCGUAUUAAUUUUUAUAAUGAUUAAUUUUGAUCAGUGUUUAAGUAAAUAUUAAGUAAAUAUUAAAAAAUAUUAUAAAAAAUUAAUUGUUUUCAUUCUUUAGAAUGGAUGUUUCUAAAGUGAAAAAUUAUCGUGAAAAUUUUUCACAUAUGUUUGACAUGAAAAAUGAUGCAUUUCAAAAAUGAAAAAAAAUGAUUAGGUCAAAUACAUUCUUCAGCAAUGCAGGAAGGUUCUAUUUCCUAAGCAAAAGAAUUUUUGACCUAUAUUUUAAAUAAUCUCUUGCCAUAUUCAAGAAAUUCAAAUUUUUAUGAAUAUUAUCCAUCGAUUAAUGUGUCCUCAUUCUAUCGACUUGUGAAAUUUUAUUUCUCAACAAAUUUCAAAUGGAACGAAUCUACAUUGCAUGAUAGAACGAAAGGAAAUUCACUACCAAAAUUUUGCACGAAAAUACAAUUCAAACAAGGAUAAAUAUCAGUUCUUGAAAAUUACUUUGUAGAUGAGGGUUAAAAAUGGAUUAAAUUUACAAUGUGUUCUUUUUGUUCGAAUCAAACGAAUCUGUGGCCAAUACAGUAAUCAAUUCAAAUUUCCGGAACAAUUAAACUUGCUUCGACUGACUUAUUUAAAUAUUGGAAGAAUUUGAAUUAUUAUUUAAAUUAUUUGUUGUAUCAGAUUGUUGAUCAGAUUAGAUUUAAUUUAAUCGCUGAUUCAGUUUUUAAAAGAAAACUUUAUUCUCUUUAAAAUAUAUUAAUAUUAAUAAUUAAAUUUAAAAUGGUCAACAUCUUUAGUUAAUCUUUCUUUGACUAUCAUAUCAAAUAUUUUAUAUAAAAAUUUUUAAUUUGAGAAAUUAAAUUAUAGUGAAGAAAUUAGGAAUUCUAAUUUAAUCUUGAUUUUUUGUUACAAGUGCGAAUAAGAUAUCUCGCAUUUCUUUUUCCUUCUUUUUUAAAUUAAGAUAAAAGAAAGAGGAAGCUUAAUUUCCACAAUAUUGCGAAAAUUGUUUCGAAAUAUUUCCGUAUUUGUUAAUCGUAAUAACUUAGAUUCUCUGUAUUCUCUUUUUCCUUUUCUUCCUUCCUUUCACUGACAUUUAUGCUUGGUAGUUUCGAGCUCGCGUGCUUCUUUCAAUGGCCAGGUUUUUGGAACCACUGAAAUUCGUUCUGGCAUGCAAAUAAUUUGUAUAGCUGUACCCGCUAUACCAAUGAACACGUACCGGUGUAUAAUUCGAAACGAAGGUCUCUCAAAAUCAGCAUUUGUUUCAUUUGAAGUCGGGAAAUGUUCAACGAUGACGUGGCCAUUUCAACACUAACUUUCACAUAAUAAUACAUUCCAUUCUUUUCAUUGAAAUUUAAAUUAAUUCAAAUUUAAAUUCAUUUAAAUUUUCACAUUCUUUUUUUUAAUUAUGAAAUAAAAUAAUUAUUUUUUUCAACGAUUAAUUUAUAAUUUUUCAAAAAUAAAUAAACAUUAUUGAAUAUUGUUUCUGUAAAUUUGAGAAAAUAUGAAAAUAUGUUUAUUUAUUUUUUUAAUAAAAUGGUAUUGGAAAUUGGAUGAUUAAUUUUAGGAAUUUACUUAUGGUCUCAAUUUAUUAAUAGAAUAUUUUUUUUUUGUUGUUUUAUAUUGUUUUUUUUGUGUACUUCAUAUUGCACUGAAAAUAAUACCAAUAAUUUUUAAAAUGAUUCACAUAUAAUCUAUUGAUACAAAAAAUUUUAUUGCUAGUAAUAUUGGCUAUACGUGAUGUUAUAAAUUUUUUUAUAAAUAUUUUGUAAAUUCAAUUUAAUAGAAGGAAAAUUUCAUUUUUUAUUUAUUAUUUUUUUAAAUAAUCAAAUAUUCUGAUGAUUGAUUUAUUUUAAAGACAAUGAAACAUGAAUUAUAAAACAAUUAAUAAAUAUUAUUUAAUUACUUCUUUACGUUAGCAUAAAGAUGAAUGAGUGAUUUUAAUUCAUCAGAGAUUAUUUCUCGUCAUUCAGAAAUUACGUUUAUUUUACUAUUAACACAUAGUUGUGCAUUCAUCAUGCCGAAUGUUAUAAUAUAAUUAUAAUAAUUCUCAAUUUACGUGUUUGCAAUUAGUUAGAUGUAGUAAUGUCGUUUUAUUUUGCUAGUUUGAUACUUAAUGGUGGUCAAUUUCCACGUACGCAUUAUCGUUUAUCAAGUCCAUAACCACAUUACUAUUGAUAACUACAUUGAUCAGUUUUUCGAUUCGAUUGUCUGUACGAUACUCGUUAACGAUGCAAAUUGCCUCUAAUUAUACAAUAUGUCCAUUAUAUCACGAUUAUAUUCGGGGAAAAACAGCAUCGAUUCGUAAUAUACAAGAUGCCCCUAUAAUCGAAUGAAAAUUAAGCACGUAUGACUAGGAAUUUAUAAUUAUUGAAUAUUUGAAGAAGCUUAAGAAUUAAAGGAACAUAUUUUAAGGAUAAAUUUAAUAAAACUAAAUUUAAUAAAAGAUAAUUAUCUUUUAUCUUGAUAUCCUUUUGGAUUAGAAAAAAUUUAUUAUUAUUUAAACUUUGAGAUAAAUCGAUAUUCGAUGAACUAUCGAAACAAUUAAACAACUUUUUUUAGAAAUAUUUUAUGUUAAAAUAGUUUUUUAAAUUAGGAAUUUUCAUUUUUUUUUUUUCUAAUGACAAUUUGAAACCAAACUUUUUUCUUCGAAAAGAAAAAUCGUGUUUGGAAGAAUUAAAUAGACGUUGGCAUAAGAAUUUUUUAAUAUCUGUAAAAAAGCGAUAGUAAAUGGAUGUUCGAAAAAUGUUUUACGGGGAGGAAUAAUGUAGGAACAGGCGCGAAACGGAACUAAUUUUGUGUCCCUCGCAUUCUUUACCGUCGAAACGUAAUGUCGAAAAUCAAUCUUCUCGCAUGGUGUAAGCGUAGAAACAUUGAGCCAAGUUGGACGGUAAUAUAUUUUUCACCGAGACUCAGGCAAUCAACCUUACGGAAUCUGUUUUGCAUGCGACGCAUGAAUCAAACUUCGAUCGUUUUUUUCGUUUAAUUAAAUGCAUUUGAAUAAUCGCGGUUAUAAAGGACAACAUUCAAGUUCACUUUGCAUCGAUCGAGUAAUGUAAUUAACUUGUUCCUCUUUUUUAUUCUUUUAAAGUGAUUUUACAAGUGAUUGGUCGAAGAAAAAAAUUAAUCAUUCUGUUAUUUGAAAUAAAAAUAAAAAGGUAAUAAUUUGAAAUGAUACAUAUUAUUUUAACAUAUUUUAUUAUAUUUAAAAAUAUGUAAUAAUAAGAUUAAAAUCAAAUUAAAAUUAUUCUUUUGUAUAAAUCUUGGACACUUUGGUUAAAGUUAUUUUAUCAAACAAGAUAUUUUUUGAAUAUAUAAUAAAGAAUAGAAUUCAUAGAAAUGUACUUCAUUUGAUGAAAUAUAAAAUUAAAAAAUGAAAUUUAAUAUCUUCGAAAAGAAAUAAUUUUAAAAUAUUAUUUUACAUUAAUAUCUAUUAUUAUUGAAAUGUCAUUUUUGCAUUUCCCUGAUAGACAUAAUGUCUUCCAAAAAAAAAGAAAUCAAAAUACUGUAAUUAUAAUUCAUCCUUAAUUACAAAAAAAUUUGUAAUUAUUAUUUUUCUUCUUAUCUAUUUAUUAUUUCUUACAAUAAUAUUUAUGAUAAUUAUGAGUUUUAUUUUACUGAGACCGUAUUUAAAUAUUUGAUUGCGGAUGUAAAUUUAUAUUUUUAUGAAAGCAGCUAAAUAAAUUGUUUCAUUUUCUAGAUAUUCAAUAUCUCUCUAUUUAUAUUUGUUUAAAUAUAAUAUCCAAUGUUAUAUAUAGUUCUUCAAAAUUACCAACGUUUAUAUCCUAUAAAUUUUCCCUAAAUAUACUAACAUCCGCAGUCCAACGAUCUUAAUUUCAAUAAUGGAAUCACAUUUAAACGCUACUAUCGUUAUCCAAUGCUUUCGUAGCCGAGAGAAUUGCUUCGAGAAUUAACAUUAUGUUUACGAUACUCAUCCUCACGAAGAGGACCUUUUUCAACCCCAUAAGGAUUAAACGUUUCUUUUUCACGAGAUGAAACUCGUAGAGAUUGAAACUAGCUUAAGAAUAAUGUAGAUAACGUUAAAUUCUAAGAUUUCGGGGACACGCAUCGUUCCUUCACGAGUAAUUAACAUCACUCAAUCAAAAAAUACAAAUAAAAAUCGUGAACGAAUGAGGUUUGUUCCCUGUGUUAAUUAAUUAUACAUAUAUGGGCACUGCCAGGCUUGCAACUCUAAUCAAAAGAACAAACCGGCAUGGCCAAUCAAAAGAUUUCGAUGAAAAUUGAGCUGCCUGAUCGUCGACGAUUUUGAACUAUGAAUAAAUAAAAUAAAAAGAAGAAGAAGAAAAAAAAAUGAUUUCGAAGAUAAUUCCAAACAGAAUUUGUCGACGAUUUAUUACGAUUUAUCUAUAAUACGCCGGAGGAAAGCUCUGACCAAGUAUAAUGGAAGACCACUCGCGAAAUAAAAUAAGAAAAAAGGAACAAAAUUAUGGUCACGAGUUUAACGUACCAAAAUCGAAGCAACAGGAGGAAGAGAAAAGAAUUCUUAGGAAUUAAAUCGUUAAAUCGAAAAAGAUAAAAAAAAAGUUAUUCUAGAGAUAUUUAACCGAGUAACGAGCCGAAAUUUCGUUAAGAAUUUUGUACGCUAAUCCCCGACAGCUAAUCCUGUACACCCUCGUAGGGUGUCUUAGAGGAACAGUUCAUUUUAACCGAGAUGUAUUUUCAAAGUUGAUCGAAGAAGAACAAUCUUGAUAUAACGUGACUCUUUUUAAACAUUUGAAAUUAAACAAAAAAGAAAAAAAAAGAUAUAUAUAACAACGUAAUUUAAUCAAUUGUUAUCCAUCAUGUCUAUCAUGGAUGUUCUUCUUAAUUUAUCGAGAUGAUCGAUAGAAAAAUAACGAGAGAAGUUUAAGGAAGUUUGUUCCCGUAAACUACUUACGUAGCUACGUUUUAAAAUAAUCGAACAUACAGACACACACACAUACACACACACACACACAGGAUCGUACUCAUACGCAUACAGAUACACGAGUAUACAGAUACAUGCCAUUGUAAAUUAGGCAAAGCUGUAGCCUAGCAAAAAAAGGAGAAGAAAUGAACGAUGAAGCGGAAGAAGAAAAGGAAAUAGAAGAAAAAAAUAACGAAAAAAUCUUGAAUGGAAAUUUAAAAUAAAAGCGACAUGUUAUCGAGAGUUAAGAGUAUUCUAUAGCCGCCCGAUGUUGGCAUUUAGCUGGUCUAAACCGCAGAGGGUUCGUUUCUACUAAUUAUAUACAUAUACAUAUACAUACAUGAUAUAUAUAUUAUAUUAUAGCGCUGUUGAGUUUUAUCGAUUGCGAGAGAGAGAAACACUUUAUUUCGUGCGAUCGACAUAGAUCGAUAUCGUCGUUAAUCGAUAUUUCUACAGAAAUGUUUGUAAAGAGGAAUCGUAUACGAGGAUGGAAGAUAUGGAAACGCGAAAUUUGGAAUCGAUCGAGCUCUCGCCUAGAGCUAGAACGAUCUGAAUAUCCAUGAAAGUCAAAUCAGAAGCUGGGAUUGAAAUCAAAUGACGGGCGUCAAGAGAGAUCGUCAGAUAUAGGUUUUGCACAUGUGUAUAGGGACAUGUACGAUACAUCAUCCGUUAAUUUAUGAUUUAUCAUUUUACGGGAAACAAUUAAUUUUACGUUUAAUUUAACUUUCUUCUUUAUUAUUAAUGACUCGAGAUGGAAUUUGAAAUUUUAACUCUGAUGUUUGUUGAUUUUAUUAAUAAUACCUCUUCUCCAAUGUAAAUUAGUGAUAAAUAAGUAAAUAUAGAAAAUGCAGAGGAGCAAUUCAAGAAGGAUUCAAAGUUUACUUAAACAAUUACAAAUUUUUCUCAAAAAUAUUCUCUUAGAGAAAGAAUUUUUAUUUUCAUUUAUCUCUUGAAACUGAUCAAUUUGUUAAAAUAUUUCAUAAAUCACAGUUCAAAAGUGCGCAUAGACGAUCUUAAAAAUUUUCUCAAUACUAAAUUUCAUUCAGCAUCCCUUUAAAAUGUUUAUGCAUCCCUUUAAAUAUGAAACGAGAAACUUUAACUUGGACAAACUUAACUUGUUAGGACAUUUCAUACUCCAUCGAACGAUAUAUCACACCAUCCUGUUCCUGUUCGACACAUCGAAUUCUCGAGGCGUUGCGCGCGUAUGCACGGCAGUGCAUCAUUUCAUCGUCGAGUGCAAUCUCUGUUCCGGCGCUGUCUUAUUUCGAGCGCUGCUCCACCGUCCUGACCUUAAUUGUAGAGUAACCCAGAUUACAGAUGCCGAGAGGGAAACGGAGAUAGGGCCGAGUGAGGGGAUAGACGAACGAACAAUCUCAGAAACGAUACGGCCGAGCAGCUUUGUCAUUAAGAGAGCCGGAUCACCGCGCCUUGUUGCGGCUUUUCUAAUUUUCCCGGCUAUUUUACCGCCGGCCGUCUUCGUCUUCACGACACUGUAGCUUCUCGUUCUUUGAACCUGACACUUCUGUGUGCACGAGUCUAGUUUCCUCUUACCGUUGACAUCUAACAAUUUUUACGAUUUCUCGUUGAAUUCUUACAGUGGCUUUCUUCUUCGCGUGCAUUAAAUUUUUUUAUGAUUCUCUAUACUUUGAUGAACGUAGUUUUCGUGUGAAAAUUCCAAUAUUAUUUCCAAUAUAUUUGUUCAAAUUUUGAAAUUGAAAGAGAAUUGACCAUUUAUUUUAUUAUUUAGAAUAAUAACUUAUAGAAUAAUAAUUGAAAAAGCGCGAUAUAUGAAUAAAGAAGAACCAUGAAAGCACGCGGUCAAUAACCAGUUUAAUCAAUUUUUCACCUAGUUUCAUUGCUGCGCGUCCUGUUUCUCGUAAAAUCAAUCAAAAAUCAAAAGCUAGGAUGACGAGUGGCACUUUGGAAAAAUGUAUUGUAAUCGAAACGAAUUUCUUUCUCGAACAUUUUUUUUCUCGAAUCGUAUUUAACUUCUUCAAAAAAUAUCCGUAAUGAUACAAAAUAUUUAUUAUUUUUCUUACAAUAAAUUGUCUAUUCUCAUAUUCUCAAAAUCCAAUUUUCAACCGUAUUCAAUCAAAUCUCGUGACCUCUUUUCAUACUCUUCAACUCAUCAUCAACCCAACUCAUUUUACUCAUUCAAUCCAACCCCUUUUUCAUCCAACUUUUCACCGCAUUAACUCAGCAAAGAAUCAUCAUGGCCAAACAUGAUCCAUAUACAUGUUAAAUCGUUAUGAAAUAUUCCUUGUAUUCGACGCAAUAACGAAACGAAGCAUUCGUUUAUUAGCGUUUGGAAAGAUAUUGUUUUCCGGCCGCAAAUCCGUGUGUUUAUACGAGGCCGAUUCGCGGCUGUGUGCGCGUGCAAUGCGGUUAGAUGGCUCAAUAACGAGCAUUGUGUGAUUCCCGUGACCCGCGUCGCAUCGAUCACAUCGCGCUUCCACCGUUAUCACUCCCUCUCUUUUUCUCUGCAUUGAUAUCAGCCUUAUCGCGAAAAUCUUUAGAUAUUGUUUCUUGACUACUGCCACGAUAGAUUGAUGAUUCUGCGACAGAAUCUUUAAAUAAGUGAAAAUUUGACAAGUGAUCGAAUGAAAGGAGAGUGAAAAUCGAAGCAAAGGAUGAUUUUCGAGGGAUGAUUUUUAUAUAUUAAAAAAAUAACGUGAAAAUGUAAUUAUAUAUUGGAAAUCUGGAUCUUCAAUGAUUUCGAAUAGAUUAUCAAUUACUUUUGAAAUGAUUUAAAUGACAAGAAUAGAGAAAUAAAAAAAGAGAGAAAUUUUAAAGAAUUGGUAAAGAUAGAUUUUUCUGGAGAAGAGGUAUUGGAUUUAUUUAUUUUUUUUUUUAGUCAUUUUUGUAAUUUUAAAAAUUGAUUAAGUAUUAUAAAUAUUUUUAUAAUACGCUUAGCUUAUUCGUAAUGUAAAAUUUUGUAUUCCAUAGAAAAGAAUAUGUUUUAAAACAUGUUGUUUUGUGCAACGACCGGCAUUUCAUUUCAAUUCAAUAGAACGUUCGUUUUCAUGAAAAUAUUUUAAAUAGUAACACAGAUUUAUAAAAUUUAGUUAAAUUUUUUAUUCAAUUAAUUUAUGGAAUUAAUAUAUUGAAUUAGUUUAAAAAUUUAUCUCUAUUUAAAUUUGAUAAAAGCAAAUAAAUAAUUUUAUUAUGAUACAAUAUUUUUAUUUUUUUUUUAUUUGAAAAAUCAAGCGAGAGUUCGAACGAUUUUUCUAUUCGAUGUAAUCGGAAAAAUUACACGUGAUGUAGAACACGUAUACAUGUUGAUGCAACAUAAAAAAAAAAAUAAAAAGAGAGGAAAACUAUAUAUAUAAAAUAUGUAAAGUUAUACAUAUGUACAUGUACGAGAUUCCUGAUUUUGUAAAACCAGCGACACGUGUUACAUAGAACAACAAUAAAGGUGAUCUAUGACGUUUUAUAAAAGGGAACUCGUUCUC